UUGUCAGAUUCACCGUGACGCAGUCAAAUCUGCAGUCUGUUCUGCACAGUAAGCACGCUAGUUAGUCUUACUUUCUUAAUUAAACGUGAUAUUAGCGGUCAUGGCGCAGAAUAUGAUGCUGUACUGGGCCUCCGGUUCUCCGCCGUGCUGGAGAGUCAUGAUCGCGCUGGAGGAGAAGCUGCUGCAGGGAUACAAACACAAACACUUGUCCUUUGAAAAGAACGAACACAAGUGUGAAGAAGUGAAAGCUCUCAAUCCCAGAGCUCAGGUUCCGACUUUCAAGCACGGAGACAUCGUUUUGAACGAGUCGUUUGGCGUGUGUCUGUAUCUGGAGAACACGUUUAAGUCUCAAGGCACCCGUCUGAUCCCUGAUGACCCGGCUGAACAAGCGCUCGUCUACCAGCGAAUGUUUGAGACUGAAAACCUGCAGCAGAAAAUGUAUGACGUGGCUUUCUAUGAGUGGUAUGUUCCUGAAGGAGAGAGACUUGAAUCGGCUCUGAAGAGGAAUAAAGAGAAUUUAAUCACCGAGCUCAAACUGUGGGAGGGAUAUUUGGAGAAGAUGGGUAAAGGCUCGUACCUCGCUGGCAAGAACUUCACCAUGGCCGAUGUGGUUUGUUUUCCCGUCAUUGCGUAUUUCCCAUAUCUUCACUGUCCUAAAGAGCGUUGUCCCAGACUGAUGGAGUACUACGAGAUGGUGAAGGACCGUCCCAGUAUCAAAGCCAGCUGGCCUCUUGAGUGGCAGAAGAAGCCUGAGGGCCCAGACACACUCAAGAACCUGUGAAGAACAUCAGAACAUCCCAAACACCACAGCAGCAUAAUACCAUCGAUGUGUUCAGUUUCAUGUUCAAGUUCAACUUACUGUAUUAAGUCAGUGUUUCUCAACCAGGGUUAUGCGUACCCCUAGUGGUCUGUAGAAUCAUUAUAAAAAAUGUUUAAAGCAUUUUUAAGAUGCAGAUGUUACCUUAAAAUGCUAUUUCUACUUGAUCUAACCUUUACUUUAACUUUCCAGUGAUUCCAAUGAUCUUUACUUUUCACAAUAAACAGUGUUGGGAAGGUUACAUCGGAAAUGUAAUAGGUCAUGUUACUAUUUCAAUGACUUCAUUAAACAAUGUAACUGAUCACA